CCAGAAAAUCCCGAGUUGGCAACCUCUUGAGCGGAUCAAUCUUCGCGGUAAAGAACUUCAACCAAAACGUCUUUUUUCCUCCAUAUUUAUUCGCCUCUGAGAUUAUUCGAAGAAACACACAAAGAUGUUUUGGGCACGAAGACUCAUGACAUUAUGCAUUCUGCGCCAAGUGUCGUCAUGGAGUCAUGAGCCAGCCCAUAAUGACGCAUCUCAACCUGCAAGAAUAGCUGUUAUUGGAGGAGGCAUUGGAGGAACAGCAACCGCAUAUUUCCUGCAACAGCAUUUCGGAGAUGACCUUGUCCUAGAUUUGUACGAACAUCAUACAGUCGGUGGGCGUUUGGCUGUCCUUGAUAUAGCCGGACACAGUUAUGAGGUCGGUGGCAGUGUUAUUCAUCCAGGGAACCGAUACAUGGUGGAGUUUGCCGAGAAAUUUGGCCUUCCUAAAAAAGAACAUUGCUCUGACAGUCCGUUUGGACUCUUCGACGGGGAGAAGUACAUGUUCAGAGGAAGCUCCUGGUCCAUUGUGAAUAUCAUGAAAUUGUUCUGGAGGUACGGGAGAACCUUGCUCACACUCCGAAGUGAGCUCAAGGAGACACUGACGAAGUUUGAUAGGAUCUACCAUCUCCAGGCUGAAGGCCAAGCGUUUUCCAGUGUAAGCGAUUUACUUCAUGCUCUAGACCCAAGUUUCGUCGAGAUGACACGUGUUUCAGUGCGUGAUUGGUUUAAAAAGCUAGGCAUCCAAGACCUCGUUAUAGAUGAGUUAGUGACAGCAGUAACAAAUUGCAACUAUGGACAGACUGCAGACAUGCAUGCCUUUGUUGGAGCAAUAGCUGUAGCUGGAGCAGACCCUGAUCUUUGGGCUGUAACUGGAGGUAACAAGCGUGUGCCAGAGGAACUUCUGAAGCACUCUCGCGCCACAUUGCUCAGGCGUAAAGUGGAGGAAAUUGGGCUGAAUGAAGGAGGUGGUUUCGUAGUAACGUCAGUGGAAGCAGAAACGUCAGAAAAUGGUGAAACACACUCACUGAACAACAAUGUGGAUGACACAGAAAAGGAUCUGCGACCUCAAAACUAUGACCUUGUUGUGGUUGCUGCACCUUUGACAAAGGACAAAACCAGUAUUAAGUUUGUUAAUUUUACAAAGGAUUUCACAUUUCCAGGCCAUUAUCAGAAGAUAUUUUGUACGAUGGUUCAUGGUAAAUUGCGUCCAGAGAGUGUAAAACUAACAGAAGGAGAUUCAAUUGAUGAAGUUCUGAUAACAAAUACAUCGCUUUUUUUCAACUCCUUAGGCAAGCAGUCGCCAACCGAAGUAAAAUGCACAGAGCAGUAUCCAGAUGUCUGGAAAAUCUUUUCAGGGAGCUCUCUUCGGGGAGAACAUCUCAACGCCUUUUUUAAGGAGAUAGAAUCAUUCCAUGAGGUUGAGUGGCUGGCAUACCCUCAUUACGAACUGGACCAACAGCUCGGUGACUUUGAGUUGCAUCCAGGCCUCUACCAUUUAAAUGCUAUAGAGUGGGCGGGAAGUGCUAUGGAAAUGAGCAGCAUUGGUGCUAAAAACGUGGCAUUGCUAGCGCUCAAACACUGGCUGCAGGAUCCAUCAGCGGGAAAAAUGGCGGUACUGAGGGAUGAACUGUAAUUAAAGUAGUCGAGAUAGAAGUAAAAUGGAAUAGAAUUAAGAGAUGAUAAAGAGAUUGUAGGGUUAAACCAAAUUUAUUUAUGGCUGUGAUAGUAGUGCCUGGUAUUUAUAAGAAAAAUUAAGUUUAUUAUAUAUGCUGCAUUUCUUCUUAUAUAUGCUGCAUUUCUUCUUCUUUUUUUUAGAGUAUUUCUUGUUGCAUUUGUGAUGAAAUGAAACAUUGCAUUCCAAGGUUUAUAAUGUUUGAAAAUUAAACUAAUAGUUGAGAUAUUCAAAUUUCAGGUCACACACACACACAAAAAAAUAUUCUUUUUGAUGAUUCUUGUAAGACCCUCUAAUUUUUUUUUCAGCUACAUCAUGUAAAAAGCAAUAAAGCUGAAGUACCAGGUCUCUAAA